UGCUGGAUUUUGUUACCUGGCAUAUCCUGCUUUUUUCAGUCUCCAUGGAAACACAGUGGCACAUUAGUGUGAAAGAUGGGGAGUGAGCACCCUUUGUACGGGAGUGAAUGUUCCCUGCAGCACCUUUGGGCUGUGCUGUGCCAAGUCUCCGAGUUCCUUGAGUUCACUUGAGCUGAGUCACUGCAUGCAACUGUACUCAGCUCAUUUUUUGGUUUGGAAAAAUAUGAAGGAAAGGUUUCUCCUGGGCCAUUUUUUUUGUUUGUUUUUUUUUUCAUCAGAUCUGGAGAGUUUGCAGCCAUCUUUGCUCUCCCACCACACCAAUAGUGAUCUGCUUUGUGUGAAAUCUCUCAUUGCAGGUAGGAAGGAUGAGCUCCUAUGCUGACAUCUGCGGAUCCAAGCACGCGCAGGGCAGCACCGAGGGAGGGUACCAACGCUAUGGAGUUCGGUCCUACCUGCAUCAGUUUUAUGAGGACUGCACAGCUUCAAUCUGGGAGUAUGAGGAUGAUUUUCAGAUCCAGAGAUCGCCGAGCAGGUGGAGCUCUGUAUUCUGGAAGGUCGGACUCAUCUCUGGGACGGCUUUUAUGCUGAUAGGUGUAGCUGUUCUUGUAGUGGGUUUUCUUGUGCCACCGAAAAUCGAAGCCCUUGGGAAGGAUGAUUUUGUUGUUGUGGAUACCCGUGCGGUUCAGUUCAAUGGGUCCCUUGAUAUAUGCAAGCUGGCAGGAGCAAUCUUGUUCUGUGUUGGAGGGUCCACUGUGGCAGCAUGUCUGCUGAUGUCUGCUUUUGCUAAAAGUUACUCCAAAGAAGAGAAGUACCUCCAGCAAAGAUUUAAAGAGAGAAUAGCUGAUAUAAAAGCCCAUGCAAACCCUGUCACAAAAGCGCCAGCACCAGGAGAAUCAAAGAUACCUGUCACUUUGUCCAGAGUUCAAAAUGUCCAGCCUUUGUCUGAAACCUGA